AAUUGAAACCCUUGAGUUGUCAACCCGAAUUGCUGCUCCAAACUCGCUUAAAAAUGAACGAGAGCAACGAAAACCUCAUUUGGACCAUCAAGAACGGUGAAUUCGAAGCGGUCCAAGCGCAAUUCCUCAACAGCAAUCGCAACGUCAACGAUUGCAUCGGUGGACGUGCCCCGCUGCAUUAUGCCGCCGACUUUGGACAGCUGAAGGUGCUCAAAUUUCUGGUCAAGAUCGGUGCGAAUGUCAACAGCCUGGACAAGUACAGUGUGACGCCGCUAUUGGCCGCCAUCUGGGAGGGCCAUGUCGAGUGUGUGGAGUUCUUGCUGCAAAAGGGCGCCGACAAAUCCGGCACCACGCCCGAUGGACGCUCCUACCUUGAAGCUGCCGAGAAGCAGGAGAUCAAGCAACUGUUGAGUCAAUAAGUUUAAUGUUAGCCCGAAAUAAAAUUGAAUACAACGCUUGCCAAAAGUUCAGCCAAAGCGCAUGCAGCCCUGACUGACUAACUGUCUCUACGUCUGACUGCCUGUCAGUUAAUUUCAAUUUUGUACAUGAUACGCCCCCCGCAGCUCAAACAAAAUAAAAAAGGAUAACUCGUGUGACAAAAAACAAUUAAAUGAC